AUGGUGGAAGGUGAUAUAGUGGCAAAAUGGACAGUUCCACUACAAGACAAGUAUGGAGAGAUACCGUAUUUUCAUCAUAUAAGCAUUAAGGUUUAUCGAAUAGAGUUUGAGCAUGGCACAACAACGGGAAAACGAGUAAUACGAGUUGAUGGCAAGGAAAUUUUACGACGUGACUGGAUGUUCAAGUUGGUUGGUAAGGAGUCAUUCCAGCUGGGGAAAAUGAAAUGUACGAUCACCGUAGAAGCGCUCGGCACAUUUGCUUACGAAUAUUCGCUGGAGGUAAACGGGAAAAACUAUGAGAAAUUUCGCGAGGAACAAAGUAAAAAAUUGUUGUGUUGGGAAACUCAUAUCGGUGGAGAGGAGACAAGAAUCGUUCUAGACAAAGAAACAAUGGAGGUAUGGGUGAACGGGAACAAAAUCGAUACGGCUGGGGAAUUCGUUGCGGAUGGCACAGAAACUCAUUUCGAAGUGGGACGACAUGUUUGUAAAAUUCGUGCAACGAGUAGUGGUCGGAAGAAAAUCGGCGUUGUCCACGAUCUCUACGUGGAUGGGGAACCGAUUCCGUUGAUGACAUUCUCGAAAACUCGAUGA